AAGAAUAUGAGGCUCAGUGAAAGCCUCGUCUCGAGGGCUCUGCUCCUCCUCUCUCAUCCCACUCACUCCACUCCACGCCCGCCUCAAUGGCCACCUCCUCCAUCCUUCCGCUCCACCUUCCGUCCUGCACGAGGCGGACCGUGCGGGCCUCUUCGUCUGCCGCAGUGGCCCCGGCGACCACGCAGUCCCUGGAGGAGUCGUUCGGCCGGAAGGGUCUCAAGUUCAGCGCCGACCCGGCGGGGGGCGCCCCCACGGCGGAGCUGAGCGUGCGGAACGGCAGCUCGCUGCAGCUCCGGCUGGGCGAUGGCUUGGUCACGUCGUACAGGCCCAAGGUGUACUGGAAGGACGACGGGUGCAGGGAGUUGCUGCACACGGUGGCCGGCGGGGAGGACGGCAAGGUGAAGGGCGGCGUCGGGCUCGUGCUCAACGAGGUGUCCUCGUCGGGCGGCGCCCAGUCGCUGAUCGAUGGGGCCGAGUGGGCCGUCAAGGAUGCAGACUCCGACUCCUACGAUGCGGUACAGGUUGAGCUUGGGUGUACCAAGGGCAAGCUGGACAUAUCGUACGUGGUGACCCUGUACCCGCUGAGCAUGGCGACGGCGGUGAUCGUCCGGAACACCGGCACCAAGCCGGUGGAGCUGACGAGCGCGGUGCUGAGCCACAUCAAGUUCGACAAGCGGCGCGGCACGGCCGUGGAGGGGCUCCGGGGCUGCCCCUACUGCUCCCACCCGCCGCCGGCUUCCGGUUUCAGCCUCCUCUCCCCGGCCGAGGCCAUGAAGCGGGAGGACCCCGGCUGGCUCUCCUUCGGCGGCGAAGAGGAGCCCAGGCAGGGCGUCUGGACCGUCGAGGAGAACCUCUACACCACGCUCAAGAAGAAGGUGAGCCGGGUGUACGCGGCGCCGCCGGAGGAGAGGAAGAAGCGCAUCUACAGCACCGCGCCGUCCAGGUUCACUACCAUCGACCAGUAUAGCGGGCUUGGGUUCAGGCUGGUGAGGAUGGGGUACGAGGACAUGUACCUGUGCAGCCCAGGGGCCAUGUACGAGAAGUUCGGGACGGACUACUUCCUGUGCACGGGGCCAGCGUCCAUGCUGGUGCCCGUGGUCGUCAACCCUGGCGAGGAGUGGAGGGCCGCGCAGGUCAUCGAGCACGACAACUUGUAGCCUUUCCCUUUUUCUUCCUUCCUUUUUUUUUGUGAACAGAAUUACAGAAUCGAUUGGCUCGUCGUGUACAUUCUCGUAUACAUGUUGAUGGGUCUCGCCCAGUCGCCCUCCUGUAAUUGCCCGGUCGGUGCCAAAGAGAUAGAUUUAUACAGGAAUAGCUCUUCCAGUGAGAAGCAGCUUCUAGCGUA